AUGUUGUUGUUGUUGUUGUGGAAUAUAACUGUGAUUGCUAUAGUUGGUGCUGGAUCUGGUGUUGGAGCUGGAGCUGGUGCCGGUGUUGGAUCUGGAGCUGGUGCCGGUGCCGGUGUUGGAGCUGGAGCUGGUGCCGGUAUUGGAUCUGGAGCUGGAGCCGAUAUUGGAGCUGGAGCUGGUGCCGGUGUUGGAGCUGGAGCUGGAUCUGGUGUUGGAGCUAGUGUUGGUGCCGGUGUUGGAGCCGAUAUUGGAGCUGGUGCUGGAUCUGGAGCUGGUGCCGGUGUUGGAGCUGGAGCCGAUAUUGGAGCUAGUGCCGGUGUUGGAGCUGGUGCUGGUGCCGGUGCUGGAGCUAGUGCUGGUGCCGGUGUUGGGGCUGGUGUUGGAUCUGGUGUUGGAGCUGGUGCUGGAUCUGGAGCUGGUGCUGGUGCCGGUGUUGGAGCCGAUAUUGGAGCUGGUGCUGGUGUUGGAGCUGGUGCUGGAGCCGAUAUUGGAGCUGGUGCCGGUGUUGGAGCUGGUGCUGGAUCUGGUGUUGGAGCUAGUGCUGGAGCCGGUGUUGGAGCUGGUGCUGGAUCUGGAGCUGGAGCUGGAGCCAUUGUUGGAGCUGGUGCUGGAUCUGGAGCUGGAGCUGGUGCCAGUGUUGGAGCUGGUGCUAGAUCUGGAGCUGGUGCUGGUGCCGGUGUUGGAGCUGGUGCUGGAUCUGGUGUUGGAGCCGAUAUUGGAGCUGGUGCUGGAUCUGGUGCUGGUGCCGAUAUUGGAGCUGGUGCCGAUGUUGGAUCUGGAGCUGGUGCCGGUGUUGGAGCUAGUGCUGGUGCCGGUGUUGGUGCUGGUGCUGGAUCUGGUGCUGGUGCCGAUAUUGGAGCUGGUGCCGGUGUUGGUGCUGGUGCUGGUCCCGAUAUUGGAGCUGCUGCCGGUGUUGGAGCUGGUGCUAGAUCUGGAGCUGGUGCUGGUGCCGGUGUUGGAGCUGGAGCUGGAUCUGGUGUUGGAGCCGAUAUUGGAGCUGGUGCUGGUGUUGGAGCUGGUGCUGGUGUUGGAGCUGGUGCUGGAGCCGAUAUUGGAGCCGAUAUUGGAGCUGGUGCCGGUGUUGGAGCUGGUGCUGGAUCUGAAGCUGGUGCUGGUGCCGGUGUUGGAGCUGGUGCUGGAGCCGAUAUUGGAGCCGAUAUUGGAGCUGGUGCCGGUGUUGGAGCUGGUGCUGGAUCUGAAGCUGGUGCUGGUGCCGGUGUUGGAGCUGGUGCUGGAGCCGAUAUUGGAGCUGGUGCUGGAUCUGGUGCUGGAGCCGGUGUUGGAGCUGGAGCUGGUGCUGGAGCUGGUUUUGUUUUUUAA